GCUGACGCUCCGUCGCCAUGACGACCGAGGAGUGUCCCGUGCCGCUUGGCGUGAGCCAGGUGGGGGCGGGGCUGUGUGAGGACUUCGGCCCCUCUCAGGUUGAUGACAUCAUUGAGGAGGUGGGGCCAUGCGAUGAUGCGGGCAGUGACAUCAGCACUUUGGUCGUGCCGUUUCCCGAUUUGGCGCCAGUGGUUUUCUUCUGCCUCAAGCAGACAACCUGCCCACGCAGCUGGUGCAUUCGAAUGGUGUUGAGUCCAUGGUUCGAGCGGAUCAGUAUCAUGGUGAUACUGCUGAACUGCGUCACUCUUGGAAUGUACCAGCCCUGCGAAAACAUCGACUGCACCUCGGAGCGCUGUCAGAUACUACAGGCAUUUGAUGCAUUUAUCUACAUUUUCUUUGCACUGGAGAUGGUGGUGAAGAUGGUGGCUCUAGGGAUCUUUGGCCAGCGCUGUUAUCUUGGCGAUACUUGGAACAGGCUGGACUUUUUCAUCGUCAUGGCAGGGAUGGUGGAAUACUCCCUUGAUCUCCAGAACAUCAACUUCUCCGCCAUCAGAACAGUGCGUGUACUCAGACCUCUCAAAGCCAUCAACAGAGUGCCCAGUAUGCGAAUCCUGGUGAACCUGCUGCUGGACACUCUACCCAUGCUGGGAAAUGUGCUUCUGCUAUGUUUCUUUGUCUUCUUCAUUUUUGGCAUCAUUGGCGUGCAGCUGUGGGCUGGACUAUUAAGAAAUCGCUGUUACCCAGAGGAGAACUUCACCCUCACAUCUGGCAUCACCCUCCCCACCCCAUAUUAUCAGCCCGAGGAGGAUGACGAGCGGCCCUUCAUCUGCUCUCUGGCUCAGGAUAACGGCAUCAUGUCCUGCAGAGAUGUGCCCGCUCGGAGAGAGGGCGGACGGGAGUGCUGUCUAGAUAAAGAUGACGCGCUGCACCGUCAGGCUCUGGGUCUGAGUGCAGAGCCAUUGGUCAAUGGCAGUGCCUCUGCAAUGGGGCUCUGUGUGAACUGGAACCAGUACUACACCCGUUGUCAUACAGGACACACCAACCCACAUAAAGGAGCGAUAAAUUUUGACAACAUAGGUUACGCAUGGAUUGUCAUUUUUCAGGUGAUCACACUAGAGGGUUGGGUGGAGAUCAUGUACUACGUCAUGGACGCUCAUUCCUUCUACAACUUCAUCUACUUCAUAUUCCUCAUCAUCAUUGGAUCUUUCUUCAUGAUUAAUCUGUGCCUGGUGGUCAUUGCCACUCAGUUUUCGGAGACCAAACAACGAGAGCACCAGCUGAUGCAAGAGCAACGUGCUCGCUACCUGUCCUCCAGCACACUGGCUUCGCUUGUUGAGCCCGGAGACUGUUACGAGGAACUCUUCCAGCUGGUCUGCCACAUCCUACGCAAGGCCCGCCGCCGCUCAGCCGCCCUUUAUUACAUGAUCCGUGGCAAAGCCCCUCCUCCUGGGGGAGGGAGGGGGCGUGGCAAAGGAGGUGCAGGAUCGACAGGGGGAGGAGCUAAUGUGAAUGGUGGAGAAAGACAUCACUGCCAUUCAGCUCAGACACCUCACUGUAUUCACGAAACCAAGUUGGACCACAGCUCCCAAGCUCUGGAGAAUGCCAUCUCCCUCUCCGUCCCAAACCCACAGGAGUGUCCACAGUGUGCUGCAGCCCUGUCACUCAAGGAGGGGGAUGUAUCAACGGGGCAUUCGGCCAAUGGGGAGGAAGAGGAGAGUGCGCUGGAGGAGACCAACAGGGAUGAGAACCACUUGGACGAGAGGGGGGACGAAGACUCCGAGGACACGCCGAGAAAGAAACGUACCUGUUUCGGGAAAUGUAAAGACGUCUGGGAUGAAAUGAGAGUGAAGCUUUGGGGUAUCGUUGAAAGCAAGUACUUCAACAGAGGGAUUAUGAUCGCCAUCCUCAUCAAUACAAUCAGCAUGGGCAUCGAGCACCAUAACCAGCCUGAAGAAUUGACUAAUGUCCUGGAGAUUUGUAACAUAGUGUUCACCAGUAUGUUCACCCUGGAGAUGAUCCUCAAGCUUACUGCCUUUGGCUUCUUUGAAUAUCUGAGAAAUCCCUACAACAUCUUUGAUGGCAUUAUUGUGAUCAUCAGUGUUUGUGAGAUCAUUGGGCAGUCUGACGGGGGUCUGUCUGUCCUGAGGACAUUCAGACUGUUGAGGGUCAUCAAGCUGGUGCGGUUCAUGCCAGCUCUGCGCAGACAGCUGGUGGUCCUGAUGAAGACCAUGGACAAUGUGGCCACCUUCUGCAUGUUACUAAUGCUCUUCAUCUUCAUAUUCAGUAUUCUGGGAAUGCACAUAUUUGGCUGCAAGUUCAGCCUGAAGACAGAGGCUGGGGACACGGUACCUGACAGGAAAAACUUUGACUCCCUGCUUUGGGCUAUUGUCACGGUUUUUCAGAUCUUAACUCAAGAGGACUGGAACAUGGUAUUGUAUAAUGGCAUGGCCUCUACCUCCCCCCUGGCGGCCCUGUAUUUUGUCGCGCUCAUGACUUUUGGGAACUAUGUUCUGUUCAAUCUACUUGUGGCCAUUUUAGUCGAAGGAUUUCAGGCUGAGGGUGAUGCUAACCGUUCCUGCUCUGAUGAUGACAGAUCCUCUUGUAAUAUAGAAGAAACAGAGAAAAAGAACUCGCUCCAGCUGUCAGAUCCCAAGAUUUCCACUUUGACCCCUAAUGGGCAUCUGGAUUUGGCACCUGCACCCAACGCCAGGGGCUUGUACCCAUCUGAAAGGCUGAGCUUUGCCUUGGGUUCCCGCAAGAGCAGCGUGAGCUCUCUGGGCAGGGCUAGCCUGGAGCAGACGACGCUGUGUCCAGGACGAGCUUCUCUGUACCACAAUUGGGGACGGCCCGCACGACCCAGUAUAUGGAGUCGCAGGUCGAGUUGGAACAGCUUGGGUCGAUCCUCUAGAUGCCUGGGGAUGGGGGGCGGAGGUAGUUUACGGGUUCGUAGCCCUCACUCUCGUCCUUCUGAGCAGGAGUCCCUGCUGUCUCCUCCGCCCCCUCCUCUGCAUCCGCCUCUUCUCUCUAGACACUUCGUCCCACGCAGAGAACGACGGGCUCUCUCUUUGGAGCUUCCGGAGCUGCUGCAGGUGCCCGGACCGGCCCUGCCUCCUCUGCACCCCCGGCAACGCAAAAAGAGCUUCUCUGGGGGUCUGGGAAGCGUUGGAGAGCACCAGGACUGUAAUGGAAAGACACCAUCAGUCCAACCACAAAUCAUCAAUGAAGUCUACCCUCAGGUCAAUACGCGCAAGGACAGGGAGGAUCUGGAUGAUGACUAUAGUUUAUGUUUCCGGAUUCAGAAGAUGAUAGAAGUGUACAGACCAGACUGGUGUGAGACCAGGGAGGACUGGUCUGUCUUCCUCUUCUCUCCUCAAAACAAGUUCAGGUUGUUGUGUCAGUCCAUCAUAGCCCAUAAGCUGUUUGACUAUGUGGUGCUGGCCUUCAUCUUCUCAAACUGCAUCACUGUGGCUCUGGAGAGACCCAAGAUUCUUCAGGGUAGCCUGGAGAGGCUUUUCCUUACCGUGUCCAAUUACAUUUUCACAGCCAUAUUUGUGGGGGAGAUGACACUCAAGGUGGUGUCCAUGGGUUUGUAUAUUGGAGAGCAGGCAUACUUGCGCAGCAGCUGGAACAUUUUGGAUGGUUUCCUGGUGUUCGUGUCUUUGAUUGACAUUGUUGUGUCAAUGGCGGGUGGGGCUAAGAUCCUGGGGGUCCUGAGGGUUCUCAGGCUUCUUCGCACACUGCGCCCCCUCAGGGUUAUCAGUCGAGCUCCUGGACUCAAACUGGUCGUGGAGACUUUGAUCACCUCUCUGAAGCCUAUAGGAAACAUAGUUCUCAUCUGCUGUGCCUUUUUUAUCAUAUUUGGCAUCCUGGGAGUCCAGCUGUUCAAAGGCAAGUUCUACCAUUGCUUGGGCCUCGAUGUCAAAAACAUCACGAACAAGUCCGACUGCCUCUUGGCCAAUUAUAAGUGGGUCCAUCACAAGUAUAAUUUUGACAACUUGGGGCAGGCUCUGAUGUCCCUGUUUGUGCUGGCAUCAAAGGACGGCUGGGUCAAUAUCAUGUAUCAUGGUCUGGAUGCAGUGGCAGUGGACCAGCAGCCCAUAACCAAUAACAACCCAUGGAUGCUGCUGUACUUCAUCUCGUUCCUCCUGAUUGUCAGUUUCUUCGUGCUGAACAUGUUUGUUGGAGUAGUGGUGGAGAACUUCCACAAGUGCCGACUGUACCAGGAGGUUGAAGAGGCCAAGAGGAGAGAGGAAAAGAGACUGAAACGCAUGGAGAAAAAGAGACGGAAGGCCCAGAAGUUGCCCUACUAUGCCAGUUACAGCCAUGUGCGAUUGAUGAUCCACACUCUGUGCACUAGUCACUACCUGGACAUCUUCAUCACCUUCAUCAUCUGUGUGAACGUUGUGACUAUGUCACUGGAGCACUACAGCCAGCCUCAUUCUCUGGAGAUCACACUCAAGUACUGUAAUUAUUUCUUCACCAGCACCUUUGUGCUGGAGGCUGUCCUGAAGCUCAUCGCAUUUGGCUUCCGUCGUUUCUUCAAAGACAGGUGGAACCAGCUGGAUCUGGGAAUAGUGCUGCUGUCAGUAAUGGGCAUCACGCUGGAGGAGAUAGAGAUAAGUGCAGCUCUGCCCAUCAACCCCACCAUCAUACGAAUUAUGAGGGUGCUACGUAUCGCACGUGUGUUAAAGCUGUUAAAGAUGGCAACAGGAAUGAGAGCACUGCUGGAUACUGUAGUCCAAGCCCUGCCACAGGUGGGGAACCUUGGACUCCUCUUCAUGCUGCUCUUCUUUAUUUAUGCGGCACUCGGGGUGGAAUUGUUUGGAGAGCUGGUUUGUAACGAGGACUACCCAUGUGAGGGAAUGAGUCGACAUGCCACCUUUGAAAAUUUUGGCAUGGCAUUCCUCACCCUCUUUCAGGUGUCCACUGGAGACAACUGGAACGGCAUCAUGAAGGACACUCUUCGAGAAUGCCCGCCGGGCGAGUACGCCUGCAAUCCGAGCCUGCAAUUCAUCUCUCCUCUGUACUUUGUGAGUUUUGUGCUCACGGCCCAGUUUGUUCUGAUCAAUGUCGUCGUGGCAGUGCUCAUGAAACACCUGGACGACUCGAACAAAGAGGCCCAGGAGGAGGCAGAGAUGGAUGCAGAAAUUGAGAUGGAGCUGGCCCAGGGAGCACUCUGCUGCAUCAUUGGAGGGGGGACUGGAGGGGGGACCGGAGCUGAGAGGAGCAGUGGAGGGCAUCAGGGGCCUGGUUCCAGCUCUGGAACAGCAACUGUUCUACCACCAUCCCCAAACACACACACAGGGACCCACGAGCACAACAGCGCCAGGAAACUGUACUCACCAGCCCAGGAGAACUUGUGGCUGGACAGUGUAUCUCUGCUUAUCAAAGAUUCAUUUGAAGGAGAGAUGCUGAUGAUUGACAACCUCUCUGGCUCUGUCUUCCAUCAUUACUCCUCCCCACCCGUCUGCAAGGACUGCAGGACUCAUCCGCAAGAGCAGAUCCACAUGGCUGAACUGGAGCAGGCGUCUCUGAGGUCAGAGCAGCUUUCAGAUAAGUCAUCCUCACCAGCGCUGCCUGAUGACCUCAGCCUGGACGAGCAGAGCAUGUACCAGAUGGCUGCCAAGGAGGGCAAGGAAAAGGGCUGUGAUGAGUGUCUAACCUCAGAAGAACCAGGCGGGAGAGGUCACAGCAGAUUACGGCGACCCUCUCGGGUUCACAGCUCCGGGAUAGAGGAUGGGCCGGCAAUGCAUGGAGGCGGUUCUCAAAGUCCACAUCAUAACACACCUGCUCGUCACAGCAUAGGUGGAGUUCCCUGUAGCAGCAGUAAUCAAGAGUACCCAGAGGUUUCUGGAGGUUCAAGCCGCUCUAACACUCUUAUUCGUCUCCCAGCUGAAUUCUUCCACCCAGCUGCCGCGGUCCUCCCUGCACCCCCAAAAGGCCGACCGGGACACAAACCAAGAGGGCUCCGUCUAACUUCCCCAGCAUCAUGGGCAUCUCUACGCUCUCCUGGAGCAAACACCAGGCUGCUCACUACACAGUAUCCAUCUCACAGUGACUCCUCCCUGGCUACGGGCAGCUCAGAGGGCAGUCUACCGACCACCAUGGAAGAAGGGCUCAGUUUCGUCGUAUCCACCCCCCAGCCCCUGUUGGACACGCUCCUCGACGAACGUGCCAGUCUCUCCACAGAGACCCUGAGACCCAGUCCUCCAGCCCUCCAGAACCUCCAAACCACGAGGGGGCACCAGCGCAGCAAGAGCAACUGUGAAAUGAACAUCAGUGCGGGAAGCACUAGACAAGGCCCCGAUGGGGAUGUAAGGAUGGUACGGUGCGGCUCAAACCUGACGUGCGACAGCCAGCAGCUCUUAGAGACGCAGAGCAGUCUGUCGCUCACGUCGCUGCUUCUGCCGAGCUCUCUAGCGCCCCCGUCUGUGAAAAAGUGCAACAGCACGGGCAGCUUAGACCAGGGGACUCUAACAACCCAAGAAAAGGUGUUCGCAAAAGAGCCACUGGGUAAUAUCGCCAGCCCCUGGAAAGAAAGGAAGGAAGGAGGACGAGAGAGGCAGUUGGAGGCAGCACAAGGAAAAGACGGGGAAAGUACAAGCCAAAUAACAAUUGUGGGCUCUAGAAAAAAUAGAUGAAACUCUACCUAGUGUUUUAGGAUGUUAACACUUUGAGCAUACAUACUUUUUACAGGUUAUCUGUUCAUUUGUCAUUUUGUUUGUUUGUUUCUGUCUGUGUUGUACAUAGUUGAGGAUAAAGAAAAAUGUUCCAUUGUCAGCCUGAAGUAAAGCUUUCGUUUUUAUCAUUUGUCUAUCUAUCUGUAUGUCUGUCUUUCAUUUUUUUAUUUAUUUAUUUAUUUAUUCAAGUUUAUUUAUUUAAAUUAUUGUUUGUAUAUUUAAUUAAAGGGCAAAUGCAGAAAUAUGUAAUCUCCUACCUUUUGCAUUAGGAGAUGAAGAAAAUAUGGACACAAGGACAAAGAACAGUCCUCUGCAUGACGGAGUCUCUUUACAAAGAAGUUCAAUGUCACAUUUACUGAAGAUGUCAAUGCUGGAUGAGAGGAGUGAGGUUUUUACUCAGAUAUUUUUUUAUUGAUAUGCUCUGGAUCAAGGAAUAGGUGACUCACGUUGUUGUGGUCACUUUUGUCCUCCCCACAAUCCAAAAACAUUUCUCUGUGACUUUAUUCCCUGCAAGUGGCUUCCAUUUUUAUAAUUUUGGUUAGGUGGAGGGGACUCUUUGUAUGCUGGGGCGAAAAGAGCCAAGCAAACAAACAAAAAAAAAAAAAAAAAAAAAAGGAAGAAAAAAUGAUUUUAGACUGUGGAUUACCUGAAUUCUUGGAUAUUUUGGAGGUUGAAUACAGCCAGACACAAAGGAUGAUGAACAGGCCAUGGGAUUUAAAUGCUUCUUCAAGAACCCAGGAGCCUCUGAUUUAUUUUGUUCCUUGGAUGGCAUGUCAGAUGAAGAAAACACAAGACGGUGAUAUUCAGCUUUCAUUUUGACAAAACUAGGUUGAUUGGAUUUGCAACUGAAUCAAUUAUUUAUACAUGAAUUUUCUUUAGCAUGGUUACUGGACUGCAGUAGGACACCUUAUUUAUUAUUCCUCCUCUUUAAAAAAAUUGCACUUGUUUGCUCUUUAUUUCAUCUAACUUAGAUUUGGUCACUGUAUUCAUGUGCAAAUGGAGCAACUGUAGGUAUGUCACUCAAAAAAUCUCCAAAUAUCUUAGUUUAGUCUGCCGUAGUGUUUAGCACCCCUGGUGAGUUUUGUUUUAUAAUAUUCAUGUGAAUAUCACAAGUAGACUUGACCUGUUGAUGAACUUCAUUGUCACUUGAUUGGUAGUGACUGUCCAUCCGUGACGUCGUCGGGGUCUCUGUACAUUACGUCAGUUGUGUUGUGGUUUAGUCAGGACCCAAGUGCGGGGUUGUCAUUUUAAUCUUGCUUAUUCCAUCUAUUUGAGGAACACUACAGUUUGAGGGAGUUUAAUCAGCAAAACACAAUAACAAAGGGCUUACUUGGUUUCCAAGGUGUUCUUGGAUCUCACAAGACAAUUUUUUGCUAAUAGUGCGCAAGACUUCAAAGGUUAGUCUGACACUACAGCAAUAAACAGUAGCUUUGUGUGCCCCAAGUAUACAUAAUGAUGUCAAUGUCUUUUUUUUUCUUCUUCUCCUUCAAGUAGAGUAUUUACCCUUGAUUACUAGCCUAAAAAACAACACCUGCACGACGUGAGGGCUGAUCUCAUUACAUAACCAUUCGAUCUUUGAGAAUAGAUGGGCUGCCAAUGGUUCAGAUGAACAUAUGAAGUCAUUUCGAACUCAGGGCCUUGGAAAAUACCACUACUGAAUGCUCUGUUUCCUCAGGGAGACAGAUGACUGGAUGAAAAAAAUAGGACUGUAUGUUAAAUGUUAAUGUUCAUUUGAUUUGACUUUGCAUUUAAUGCUCUAAUAAGCUUGCAUCAGUGCAUCACCAUUAUAGCAGAACAUGAGCGGUGGCCAGUUUUAUAAGAGUAACAGGUAAACCAAGAGUUAAUUUAUAGCCAUCGCUGCAUAGUUUGAGAGUGUAUGUAGCUUAGAGAAAUAUACGACAAUGCGUUUAAGGACGGAUGCAUAUAGUAUUUGAAAAGUAUAUGUAAGUGUGAUGUUAAAUGGUCUAGAGUGAUGGGUGAGAUUUUAUACGAAACUCAAUGUGUCUUGUCACUGGGUUGAACAUAUGUACAUAUCCUUUUAUAUAUUGAAUUGCAUGUGUGCAAUGACCAAUGACAAUAAUACAUGCAUUUUAGAGUG